CUGCCGGGUAACAAAGCCCCGGCCUGUGACGGGGAGGCAGCGGCGGUGAGCGCGGCCCGGCUGGAGGAGACCCCCCCUUCCCUCCCCCGAGUUCUACCGGCUCCAGAGCGCCUGCAGCGGCCGCCUCCGCCCAGGGAGGCCCGGGUGUCUUUUAUGAAUAAUCAAAAGCAGCAGAAGCCAACGCUAUCAGGCCAGCGUUUUAAAACUAGAAAAAGAGAUGAAAAAGAGAGGUUUGACCCUACUCAGUUUCAGGACUGUAUUAUUCAAGGUCUAACUGAAACUGGCAGUGACUUGGAAGCAGUAGCAAAGUUUCUUGAUGCUUCUGGAGCAAAACUUGACUAUCGCCGCUAUGCAGAGACACUCUUUGACAUUCUGGUGGCUGGUGGAAUGCUGGCCCCAGGUGGUACUCUGGCAGAUGACCUGAUGCGUACAGAUGUCUGUGUAUUUGCAGCACAAGAAGAUCUAGAAACCAUGCAAGCAUUUGCUCAGGUUUUUAACAAGCUAAUCAGGCGUUACAAAUACCUGGAAAAAGGCUUUGAAGAUGAAGUCAAAAAGCUGCUGCUGUUCCUAAAAGGUUUUUCAGAGUCUGAGCGGAACAAACUGGCCAUGUUGACAGGUAUCCUCUUGGCCAAUGGGACACUUAAUGCAUCAAUUCUCAACAGCCUCUACAAUGAGAAUUUGGUUAAAGAAGGUGUUUCUGCAGCUUUUGCAGUAAAGCUGUUCAAAUCAUGGAUCAAUGAGAAAGAUAUUAAUGCAGUGGCUGCUAGCCUUCGUAAAGUCAACAUGGACAACAGACUGAUGGAACUCUUUCCAGCCAACAAACAAAGCCUUGAACACUUUACAAAGUAUUUCACUGAUGCAGGACUAAAAGAACUUUCAGAAUAUGUUCGGAACCAACAAACCAUAGGAGCUCGUAAAGAGCUGCAGAAAGAACUUCAAGAGCAGAUGUCACGUGGAGAUCCGUUUAAGGAUAUAAUCUUGUAUGUCAAGGAGGAGAUGAAGAAAAAUAACAUCUCAGAACAGACUGUGAUAGGCAUAGUCUGGUCUAGUGUAAUGAGCACUGUGGAAUGGAACAAAAAAGAGGAGUUGGUAGCAGAACAAGCCAUCAAGCACCUGAAGCAAUACAGCCCUCUGCUUGCUGCCUUUACUACCCAAGGUCAAUCUGAACUGACACUCUUACUGAAGAUUCAGGAGUACUGUUAUGACAACAUUCACUUCAUGAAAGCCUUCCAGAAAAUAGUGGUUCUCUUUUAUAAAGCUGAAGUUCUGAGUGAGGAACCCAUCUUGAAAUGGUAUAAAGAUGCACAUCUUGCAAAAGGAAAGAGUGUUUUUCUGGAACAAAUGAAAAAGUUUGUGGAAUGGCUCAAGAAUGCUGAAGAAGAGUCUGAGUCAGAAACUGAAGAGGGUGACUAACUUGUGAAACUGUGUCCUCAGUAAAGCAAACAGGAGCUGUAGAUAAA